GGCCCCGCCCCGCGGUGGCGCCGCCCCGGGGACAAUAGCGCGGGGCCAUGGCGUCCGCCGGCGGCCGCCCGCCCAGCCAGAGCCGCGCCAUCCCCACGCGCACCGUGGCCCUGAGCGACGCCACGCAGCUGCCCCCCGCCCACUGCACCCCCGCCGGCGGCUCCCUCCCCGCCCCGGCGUGGGGAGGUACCCGCAUCAUCUACGACCGCAAGUUCCUGCUGGACCGCCGCAACUCGCCCAUGGCGCAGACGCCGCCGUGCCACCUCCCCGACAUCCCCGGCGUCACCAGCCCCGGCGCCGCCGACGAGCCCAAAGCGGAGGCCGGCAGCAGCAGCAGCCUGAGCAAUCACGACGGGAAGCCGCCCGCGGGGGACGACGCGCAGUUCGAGAUGGACAUCUGACCGGGCGCCCUCCUGCUCUCCUUCGCCGCUUCCCACUUGUUUUUUUUUUUUUUCCUCCCGUUUUAUUUU